CUCUCCUUUCUCGACGCCCUGUCCCCAACAGACGCUCCUCUCCUUUACCCUUCGCCUUCUCCACUUCACCUAAAAUUUCUCUUUUCUCUCUCUCUCUGUCUCCCGUCAUAUCGUUCCCUCCCACCAUUGGCAUCCUCUUCUGCUUCUCUGCCUCUGCUUCCUCUCUUCCAAGCAACACUUUGUUGAGAGAGAGAGAGAGAGAGAGAGAGAUUUUCUGUAAUCGGAGAUGACACGAUGCUGGCUGAGUCGAAGGCAUUGGACGUCGCUGUUGCGGUACAUCAGAUAGGAGUAAAAACAGGCGUCGGAGCGGUGACCGGCUUUUACGUCCCCCGCCCCGGCGAGUUGCAGGUUGUUGAGAAGCACGCGGCUACGGGAGAGAAAGCCAAUCGUCCGGUUGGUUCCUCUUGGGGCAUAACCGCGGAAUGGGCACCAAAAUGAAAGGCCUCCUCAAGGGACUGAGAUAUAUUUCUCAGAUCUUUGAGACAAAUGAGAAGGAACGUGAAAUGGAAAUUGGAUACCCAACGGACGUAAAGCACGUCGCCCAUAUAGGGUGGGAUGGCCCUUCCGUGAACAACCCAAGCUGGAUGAGUGAGUACAGAAGCGUGCCUGAGUUCUCCUCUGCUCCUUUGACUCCUACCGGAACUGAAAUGGAUCCAGUACUUGGACCUAAAUCCGCUUCUCAAGAUUUACAACGUCUCAUGGAUUCCGAGAACUCGGUUGAAGGCUCCUCAGUGGGUCCGAGACAGGCGAGACGCCACCGAUUAUCCGGUGGAGGGCCAGUGGAGGCAGAUUCGCCGGAGUUUCUGAAGCCGUCUAGGCGUCGUCCCUCCAUUGGCGAACCCUCCGAUUUGAUGUCUCAGGAUCAGCUGCCCAAGCCACUGAAGCCGUCGAGACGUCGCGCGAAUCAUGGCUCAGGUUCAUUGGACUCCCCGACUCGGGACUCGCCUGCUGUCCCGAGACAAUCACGCAGGAGGCAGAGCAAGGGCUCGUCUGGGUCCGUAGGGGGUUCCACGUCUAAGCCCACCAGGUCUAGGGCCUCCUUGACUACGGCAGAAGAAGAUGAGCCAGCCAAAGCAGCAGAAGGGAAUGAACCUGCUAGCUAGCUAAGAGGAUACUUGUUCAGAUUUGCAACGAGGGAGAAAAUUCCCCAACCAAAAACAAAAAGAUAAAAAAUCCCUUUUUUACCUUUGUAAAUUUGGUGAAAGAUUUCCGAUAAACUCCGUGUCCUUUCAUUCUUUUAGCAGUUUCUUCAAAUUUAAAGCAUCAGCUUGUCUCAUACAUUUACCAUCAAUGUCUAAAGCAAGUGAGCAUGUAAAUUGGUGUGGGUCGGAAUGGAUUCAGGUCCGAAUUUGAUUUUAGAAUUGACAUAGAUCGUGAAUUAAGAUUGUGAUGCCUGCCAGUCUGCUAAUGUUCCCAAUCCGUUGAAGAUUGUCUGUGGUGAUUUUCAUGUAUCGAGGCAAAUUAGAUCAACUGUUGUAAUCCAGAUCCAUUAUG